AACUAGAUAUCUCAGGAUUGAACUCUAAAAAAGGAGAAACCCUUGAUAGGAAGCAGUGUCUGUACUCGACGCGAAUCUAGAUUAGUCGAGGUAAAAGAUACAGGAUGCAUAAAGCAACCAAAAAAAAAAAAAAAUUUCCUCAAACUAUUUUAUCCACCUCAAAUCACACAAGAAAAACUGAAUGGCAUCGACAACGGAAAUUAAUUCACUUCCCCAGCUAUUCUUUUGCCUUUAUAAACAAGCUAGCAGCUGCAUUAUAAAUUAUAACAUUUCUUAUCAUAUUAUUCUCAGUUCACCUUAAAUUGCACCUUUUCACCUAACAAUUUCUUUCAUCCCAUUACCCCACAAACUUUUUUCCCUCAACCUCUAAUCACAUCUUUUUAUGUUUUAAUUAUUUUUGAGCAAGAAUUGCAUCUCAGCUCACUAUAUAACUGGUGUCAUUCACUUCUCAAGCAUCAUCAGAAAACUUCAAAUAAUACUAAAUCAAGAAAAUAAAAUGACUUGCAACAUAGUGUCACCUUUUCUUUUCUUGUUCUACUUCUUGCUCCAAUUCACUUGUAAUUUGGCUCAAGCACCUGCUAUGGCUCCUAUACCACCAGCUCAAUCUUCUGCUCCGGCUUCACCACCACCAACUAUUUCUUCUCCUCCAGCACCAUUAUCGUCCCCAAUUGUAGCCUCUGCUCCGGCUCCAGGACCAUCUGGUCCGCCAAACGUGAUAAAAAUCCUUGCGAAAGCUGGAUCAUGUUCGACGUUCAUCAAGUUGUUACAAGUCACUCAUGAAGUUGGUGAAAUCACUUCAUAUCUAAACAAAUCCAACAGCUUAACCAUGUUUGUUCCACCAGAUGGUGCUUUCUUGAACCUGAAAACUGGCACCCUCAACUCAUUCAGCGAUCAACGGAAAGCUGACUUGGUUAAAUUCCAUAUCCUCCCCUCAUAUUUCUCCCUGUCACAGUUCCAAACGGCUAGCAACCCUGUACCAACACAAGCUGGAGGAACCACUAAUCGCGAAUUCCCCAUCAACAUAACCACAAAUGGGACAGCAGUGAACAUAACAACUGGGAUUGUUAAUGCAAGUCUGACCAGUACAAUUUACACUGACAGUCAAUUAGCUAUUUACCAAGUGGAUAAAGUACUGCUUCCUUUGAAAUUCUUUGUCCCACCAUUACCACCAGCACCUGCUCCAGCACCAUCAAAGCCACAGAAGGAUGAUCCUUCCUCGGAUUCUUCCUCUGUUAAUGUUGUUCCAUCUGGUGCCACUUCUCUUCUUCCCCACAUGUUCCGGGGAAUGGUCUAUCCUGGUUCCUUUUUCUUCUUCUCUGUUUGCUUUGUGUAUAUGAGCUAAUAAGUCGCAUGAAAAGCCAGCACAUUUGUGAUAUUAUGUUAUGUACAUUCAAGUGGAACUUAAUAAGAUGUUAUUUUUGACUACCUA